AUGGCUACUUUUAAACCCUCCAAGAUUCUUGUUUUUGGCGCGACUGGCCAGAUUGGUGUUUUCAUCACAGCGGCAUUGUUGAACGCCAGCCCCUCCUUUGACCAAAUCACCAUCUUCACAUCACCAACCACGGUGGAAAGGAAAUCAGGUUUGCUCGACGGCUGGAAGAAGAAGGGACUCAAGGUUAUCGCGGGCGACGUCGACGACACGGAGCAAAUCAAGGCGGCCUACAAGGACACCGAUACCGUAAUAUCCGCGCUCGGUAGAAAUGUCAUCGAGAAGCAGAUCGAUCUCAUCAAACUGGCCGAGGAGACCGACUCUGUCAAGUGGUUCUUCCCCUCCGAGUAUGGAACGGACAUCGAAUACGGCCCCAAGAGUCCCAACGAGAAGCCUCACCAGGCCAAGCUCAAAGUGCGCAAGUACAUUCGUGAGAAUAUCCAGAGACUCAAGUACACGUACUUGGUGACUGGUCCUUACGUCGACAUGUUCUUGACCCUUCCCGCUAUUGCGCAAGAGGCUGGCGGAUUCGAUACAGCAGCCCGCAAGGCAGUCUUGAUUGAGGACGGCGAAGGAAAAACUGGUCUGAUCACCAUGAAAGAUGUUGGCACAACGUUGGUGGCAUCGCUCCGUCACCCAGAGGCUUCCUUCAACCGGGCUCUCAAGGUGCAGUCCUUCGUGGCGACCGGCAAGGAAAUUGUAGCCGAGUAUGAGAAGCAGACCGGGGACAAGUGGGAGAUUGUCUACUCGUCGCUGCAGACGUUGGAGGAAGCCGAGGAGAAGGCCUGGGCGAACGCUAUCCCUUACGCCACCAUCUUCACGCUGCGACGCAUCUGGGCUGAGGGCGGCACACUGUACGAGAAGACGGAUAACGAGAGGAUUGGGCUCGGACCCAAUGACGUCGAGAGCUUAGAGGUGGCCGUCAAGCGAUCAUUGGCGUCGUUUGUCAACAUGGCUCCUUCGGGUAUUCGACAGUGCGUGCACGAUAUCAGCCUAUACUUGCUUGUAUUAAUAUCUGUCUCGACUCUGGGCCCCCUGCAGUUCGGCUUUCACCUUGCCGAGCUCAACGCGCCUCAAGAUGUCCUUACCUGCCGAAAGAAGUCAAUUGCGGCCAAGGGAGUCACGCUCACAUGGGUGCACUCCAAGGCGCCCGACACCGAGAGCUGGCUUCCCGACUGUAUCCCCAUGACCGACGCAGUUUUCGCAACCGUCUCCUCCAUCUUCACUGUCGGUGGCCUCGUAGGUGCUCUCUGCGCCGGCCCUUUCUCUUCAAAACGCGGUCGACGUCCUGCCAUGCGAGUCACGGCCAUUCUAUACAUUAUUGGCGCCGUCAUCGAGACCCUCGCUGGGGGCGCUGCCGCUCUGGCAAUUGGCCGGUUCUUCACUGGUUUGGCGGCCGGCGCGUCAACUGUCAUUGUCCCACUUUACAUCAGUGAAAUUGCACCGCCAAAGGAGCGUGGCCUGUUUGGUGCCAUGACCCAAGUCUCCAUCAAUGUGGGCAUUCUGGCCGUUCAAACUCUGGGGUUCUUCCUGAGCUACGGCAAGGCCUGGCGCUGGAUCCUGGCCGUCGGCGUCUUCAUUGCGUUGGCCCAGGCGUCUGGCCUCAUGUUGAUUCCCGAGAGCCCCGCAUGGCUAGCUGCCAACGGUGACGCCCCGAAAGCUCGCCGUACACUGCAGCGGAUCCGCGGCAAGGACUUCGACAUCAGAGAGGAAGUCGAGAACUGGGAUGGGGAGGUCCAUGCUGAGCAAGAGGGUCUUUUGACCCAGAACGAUGACAUGCCACCAGUAUCUCCUGGCCUUGCCAAGCACAACUCGCGUGUUCAUCUUGGAUUCUUUGAGGUUAUCAAGGACCCCCUUCACCGACCCGCCAUCGCCGCCGUCAUCGGGAUCAUGUUUGCCCAGCAGCUGUGUGGCAUCAAUUCCGUCAUCAUGUACUCGGUAUCUCUCUUGAACGACUUGCUCCCCGUAAGCUCCGCCCUGCUGACGAUUAUGAUCUCUGUUGUCAACCUCAUUACCACUGCGGCAUGCUCUCCGCUGCCGGACAAGCUCGGGAGAAAGAGCUGCAUCCUGAUCUCCAUCAUCGGGCAGGGAGUCAGCUCGCUGGUUCUCGCUCUUUCCAUCCAGUUCGGGGUAAAGAUCUUGUCGGCUUUGUCGGUCGUGUCGUUUGUAGCCUUCUUCGCCGUUGGCCUUGGGCCAGUGCCCUUCAUUCUCGCGUCCGAAAUGGUCGGACAGGAGGCCGUUGGCGCCGUCCAGUCUUGGUCCCUAGGAUCUAACUAUGUCGCGACCUUCCUAGUUGCUCAAUUCUUCCCGAUUGUCAACAAUGCUCUGAACCAAUGGCUUGGGGGAGCUGGCUGGGUGUACUUCCUCUUUGCCGGCUUCGCUGCACUCUUUGCCCUGUUUGUUUCCGUCAAGGUUCCCGAGACCAAGGGGAAGAAAGACGCAGAUGAAGUUUGGGGACGCACUAGACGACUCGACUAA